AUGCCCGACGGCCCAGCCUUCCAGGAGGACCUCAGCAACAUCCUCGUCUGUCCCGAGUGCAGGAUUGAUCCCCCUCACCUCGUUGAGGAAUUCUCCAAUGGCGAUACCGUGUGCGGCGACUGUGGUAUGGUGGUAGGCAGUCGCAUUAUCGAUACGCGAUCCGAAUGGCGUACCUUCGCCAACGACGACCAAGGCGGCGAUGAUCCCAGCCGUGUUGGUGGCCCGCAAGACGAGUUUAUCGAGGGACAACAGCUCGCUACAUCUGUAGCCUUUUCCGAAUCGAAAGCUCACAAAGCUCUGUCGCGUACCCAAAACAAUACCAACCAGGACAAGUCGCAGAAGGAUCUCAUGGCCGCGUACAAGGAGAUUGUGUCGCUUUGCGACGCUAUCAACAUGGGCCAGAACGUCGCAAACGCUGCCAAGCACAUCUUCAAACUCGUCGACAAGCACAAAUUCCUCAAGGGAAAGCCUCAAGAAGCCGUCAUCGCAGGCUGCAUCUUCAUCGCCUGCCGACAAAACAACGUACCUCGAACCUUCCGAGAAAUCUUUAACCUGACUAGCGUGAGCAAAAAGGUGGUCGGCAGGGUUUUCAAGCAGCUCCAGUCCUUCUUGCAAAAGCUGCAAGAACAAGAUGGCGAAGCUACAGGUCUCAACACGGUCACGAACUACGAAACUAAUACAGUCGGUGGUGAGAAGUUGGUCCGUCGUUACGUUUCCGAGCUCGGCUUUAAGCACCAACAGAAGAUUACCAAGAUCGCCGAAAGGCUGGUCGAGCAGGCCAACGACAUCUCGGCAGUCGCGGGACGAUCACCUUUGUCCGUUGCAGCAGCCUGCAUUUACAUGGCAUGCCACAUUGCCGGCGAAGACCGCCCAUCUUCUAGAAUCGCCUUGCAAGUCGGGGUCAGCGAUGGUACUGUCAAGACGGCCUACAAGCUGCUUUGGGCUGCGCGAAAGCAGUUGGUUCAGAACGAAUGGCUCGAGGAGGCGGGCACGACCAUGGAGUCGUUGCCAAAAGUGAACGCUGCGGCAUAG